UAAAGUAAAGCGCGACGCUUUCUUGAGGUACGGACUGGAGAAUACCAUGCCAUCGACGCGUUGAGCGCAUUUACGGCUUCAUACGGGCGUUUUGCACAGGAAAAUAAAGCGAUAUCUCCGAAUCCGCCUGCGAUACGCACAGAGAGGCUCUACAAAACCCAACUGUGGAUGUAACUGUUGCACUUUGAACACAGACAUGAACCACUGAGACAGCAAAAGAAGAAAAAGCCUGGAAUACGCUUGAGGGAAGAGCUUUGUCUCAUUCCCCCCUCCACAUUAGAAGGUUUGGAAUCAUGAGGUCCUUGUGGCUGCUGGUAUUUUCCGUCUCUGUUUUGACCGGGACCAACAUGGCGUUUCCCAAGACUCCUACUGAACCCCCUGAAGUCUCCGGGAGCUUCAGGGUUAAAGACACGAGCCUCACGCACCUCACCGUGCACCACAAGACUGGCGAGGUGUUCAUCGGCGCGAUAAACCGAGUCUACAGGCUCUCCGCCAAUCUGACCGAAAUGCGCUCGCACCAAACGGGUCCCGUGGAGGACAACGCCAAGUGCUACCCGCCCCCCAGCGUACGACCAUGCACGCAGAAACUGGAAUCCACAGACAACGUCAACAAAUUGCUGCUGGUUGAUUAUGCUGGCAACCGUCUGGUGGCUUGUGGAAGCAUCUGGCAGGGCGUGUGCCAGUUCCUGCGGCUGGAAGAUCUCUUCAAGCUUGGUGAACCACAUCACCGUAAAGAACACUACCUCUCAGGAGCCAAAGAGCCAGAUGGGAUGGCUGGAGUUGUGGUGGGCGAUGACGACGGAGACUUGAAGAAGAAAAAGAAAGGUGACAGCCGCCUCUUCAUCGGCGCUGCCAUCGAUGGCAAAUCUGAGUAUUUCCCAACCCUAUCCAGCCGUAAACUGGUGGCAGAUGAGGAGAAAAUGGAAAUGUUCAGCUUGGUUUACCAAGAUGAGUUUGUGUCCUCUCAAAUCAAGAUACCUUCAGACACCCUGUCUCAAUAUCCCGCAUUCGACAUUUACUACGUUUACGGGUUCUCCAGCCGCACUUACAUCUAUUUCCUCACUUUGCAACUGGAUACCCAGCUCACCCAGGUUGAUGCGACGGGUGAGAAGUUCUUUACCUCAAAAAUCGUCCGGAUGUGCUCCAAUGACACCGAGUUCUACUCCUACGUCGAGUUCCCACUUGGGUGCACCAAGGAUGGCGUGGAAUACCGACUUGUCCAAGCCGCCUACAAGCACCGUCCUGGGAAGUUUCUGGCCCAGGCUCUCGGCCUUUCUGAGGACGAGGAUGUCUUGUUUGUGAUCUUCUCCCAGGGUCAGAAGAACAGGGCUAACCCACCGAGAGAAACAGUGCUGUGCUUUUUCACGCUGCACCAGAUCAACCUGGCCAUGAGAGAGAGGAUCAAGUCGUGUUACCGCGGGGAAGGAAAGCUGUCUCUGCCAUGGUUGCUCAACAAGGAACUGCCUUGUAUUAAUACGCCCAAGCAGAUUGGCGAUGAUUUCUGUGGCCUGGUUCUGAACCAGCCUCUCGGAGGACUGAGGGUCAUUGAGGGCACUCCUCUGUUUGACGACCGCACUGACGGUAUGGCGUCCGUGGCCGCGUACACUUACGGAGGUCAUUCGGUGGUGUUCGUGGGGACUCGCAGUGGCCACCUCAAGAAGAUUCGAGUGGAUGGUAUACCGCCGCCUUCGGAGAACGCUCUGCUGUAUGAGACGGUCCCCGUCGUGGAGGGAAGCCCGAUUCUCCGUGACAUGGUGUUCAGUCCUGAUUAUCAGUACAUCUAUCUGCUGAGCGACAAACAGGUGAGUCGUCUGCCUGUGGAGAGCUGUUCUCAGUACAGCAGCUGUAAGACGUGUCUGGGUUCAGGAGAUCCUCACUGCGGCUGGUGUGUCCUGCAUAACAAGUGCUCCAGAAAGGAAGCCUGCGAGAAGUGGGCCGAGCCGCUUCACUUCAGUACGGAACUGAAACAGUGUGUCGACAUCACUGUCACUCCUGAUAACAUGUCCGUGACCUCUGCUUCCACACAGCUGAGUGUGAAGGUAGCUAACGUCCCGAACCUCUCCGCUGGGGUGACGUGUGUGUUUGAGGAGCUAACGGAGAGUCCAGGAGAAGUGCUGGCCAACGGACAAAUCCUCUGCAUGUCCCCAUCCCUGCGGGACGUCCCAUCUGUCACCCAGGGAUACGGCGAUAAACGGGUCGUGAAGCUCUCUCUGAAGUCCAAAGAGACGGGUCUCAAAUUCAUCUCCACCAAUUUCAUCUUCUACAACUGCAGCGUCUUGCAAUCGUGUUCGUCGUGUGUUAGCAGCCCUUUCCCCUGCAACUGGUGUAAAUAUCGCCACAUCUGCACUAAUAACGUUGCCGAGUGCUCUUUCCAGGAAGGUCGCGUGAGCAGCGCAGAGGGUUGCCCGCAGAUUCUGCCUAGCAGCGACAUCCUGGUACCGGCGGGGAUCAUUCGGCCAAUCACACUGCGAGCUCGGAACUUGCCCCAGCCUCAGUCGGGACAAAAGAACUAUGAGUGCGUCUUUAAAAUCCAGGGCAAAGUUCAGCGUAUUCCCGCGGUCCGUUUUAACAGCUCCUGCAUCCAGUGCCAGAACACUUCGUACUGGUAUGAAGGGAAUGAGAUGGGAGACCUGCCUGUGGAUUUCUCCAUCGUAUGGGACGGUGACUUUCCCAUCGACAAGCCGUCAUCCAUGCGAGCUCUCCUGUAUAAGUGUGAAGCUCAGAGGGACAGCUGUGGACUCUGUCUGAAGGCAGACAGCAUGUUUGAGUGUGGCUGGUGUUUAGCCGAUAAGAAGUGUCUCCUGAAGCAACACUGUCCAUCACCCGAACACAACUGGAUGCAUCAGGGACGCCGCAACGUACGCUGCAGCCAUCCCCGAAUCACUAAGAUCCGGCCACUGACGGGGCCGAAGGAGGGCGGCACACGCGUGACCAUCGAAGGAGAGAAUCUGGGGCUGCAGGUUCGAGAGAUCACGCAUGUGCGUGUGGCGGGAGUUCGCUGCAACCCUGCUGCGUCUGAAUACAUCAGCGCUGAGAGGAUCGUGUGUGAUAUGGAGGAAUCUCUGAUGUCGAGUCCCCCUGGUGGUCCGGUGGAGCUGUGUAUCGGUGACUGCAGCGCUGAGUAUCGAACCCAGUCGUCUCAGAUGUACUCUUUUGUGGUACGUCCUCUGCUUCUUUGUUUAGGAAAGGGACAAUGUUAUCUUAAGACAUCUUGGCUGUCUCUGAAACUUGAAGAAUGUUGCUUUAUCAGGAGAACUGUGCGUGAGAUAGUGUGUGUGACGCCACCCUCAGCAUCAGGUUCUGGUACUUCAUCCGUCAAGCUGUUCAUUGACAAGGCCGAAGUCACCAGCGUUACGCAUUACAUUUACACCGAAGAUCCAACCAUUUCCAGCGUGGAGCCCAACUGGAGCAUCAUUAAUGGCAGCACCACCCUCACGGUCACAGGAACCAAUCUGCUAACCAUUCAGGAACCCAAAGUCCGAGCCAAAUAUGGAGGAGUGGAGACCACAAACGUUUGUACGUUGGUGAAUGACUCUGUCAUGACUUGCUUGGCUCCGGGCAUCAUCUACACCAAACGCCAGGUUCCAGAUUGCGGAGUUCAUCCGGAUGAGUUCGGCUUCAUCCUGGACCAUGUGUCCGCCCUCCUCAUCCUCAAUGGAACUCCUUUCACAUACUAUCCAAACCCCACCUUUGAUCCCCUUGGGAAUGCUGGGAUUCUGGAGGUCAAACCAGGAUCGCCCAUCAUCUUGAAGGGCAAGAACCUCAUGCCUCCUGCUCCUGGCAACGCCCGCCUGAAUUACAGCGUGAUGAUUGGAGAAACGCCCUGUCUGUUAACCGUCUCGGAAUCUCAGCUGCUCUGUGAUUCACCGGAUCUGACCGGAGAACAGCGAGUGAUGAUUCUCGUGGGCGGCCUGGAAUAUUCUCCUGGAAUGCUUCACAUCUAUUCCGACAGCACUCUCACGCUGCCUGCCAUCAUCGGGAUCGGAGCCGGCGGCGGCGUCCUCCUCAUCGCCAUCAUCGCCGUACUCAUCGCCUACAAGCGCAAGACGCGGGACGCCGACCGCACGCUCAAACGCCUACAGUUGCAGAUGGACAAUCUGGAGUCCCGUGUCGCGCUGGAGUGCAAGGAAGCAUUCGCUGAGCUGCAGACAGACAUCCAAGAGCUGACAAACGACAUGGACGGUGUGAAAAUCCCUUUCCUGGAGUAUCGUACCUACACCAUGAGAGUGAUGUUCCCUGGCAUCGAAGAACACCCGGUUCUAAAGGAGCUGGACUCUCCGGCUAAUGUGGAGAAGGCCCUGCGCUUGUUCAGUCAACUGCUGCACAACAAGAUGUUCCUGCUGACCUUCAUCCACACGCUGGAGGCUCAAAGGUCCUUCUCCAUGCGGGAUCGCGGCAAUGUGGCCUCCCUCCUCAUGGCGGCACUGCAGGGACGGAUGGAGUAUGCCACUGUGGUUCUCAAACAGCUUCUUGCUGACCUGAUCGAAAAGAACCUGGAGAACCGUAACCAUCCCAAACUACUGCUUAGACGAACUGAGUCUGUGGCUGAGAAGAUGCUCACUAACUGGUUCACGUUCCUCCUGCACCGCUUCCUCAAGGAGUGUGCUGGCGAGCCUCUGUUUAUGCUCUACUGUGCUAUAAAACAGCAGAUGGAAAAAGGUCCCAUAGACGCCAUCACAGGAGAGGCCAGAUACUCCCUGAGCGAAGACAAGCUCAUCCGACAGCAAAUCGACUACAAGCAGCUGACGCUCAUGUGUAUUCCUCCGGAGGGAGAGGCCGGUACAGAAAUCCCUGUUAAGGUGCUAAACUGUGACACGAUCACUCAGGUGAAGGACAAGCUGCUAGAUGCUGUUUACAAAGGCAUCCCGUACUCACAGCGCCCACAGGCCGACGACAUGGACCUGGAAUGGCGGCAGGGUCGACUGACCAGAAUCAUCCUCCAAGAUGAAGACGUCACCACAAAGAUCGAGAGCGACUGGAAGAGAUUGAACACACUGGCGCACUACCAGGUGACAGAUGGGUCUUUGGUGGCUUUGGUUCAGAAGCAAGUAUCCGCUUACAACAUCGCCAACUCCUUCACGUUCACUCGCUCUCUCAGUCGAUACGAGAGCCUGCUGAGGACGUCUAGUAGUCCAGACAGCCUUCGAUCCAGGGCUCCCAUGAUCACACCUGACCAAGAGACGGGCACCAAACUCUGGCACCUGGUGAAGAACCAUGAGCACGCAGACCAGCGGGAGGGAGAUCGUGGGAGCAAGAUGGUGUCUGAGAUUUACCUCACACGCUUACUGGCUACCAAGGGCACACUGCAGAAGUUUGUGGACGAUCUUUUUGAGACGGUGUUCAGUACGGCCCAUCGCGGCAGCGCUCUCCCGCUGGCCAUCAAAUACAUGUUUGAUUUCCUGGAUGAGCAAGCAGACAAGAGACAGAUCACCGACCCGGACGUACGGCACACCUGGAAGAGCAACUGCCUUCCUCUGCGGUUUUGGGUCAACGUGAUCAAAAACCCUCAGUUUGUCUUUGACAUCCACAAGAACAGUAUUACAGACGCCUGUCUGUCAGUGGUGGCUCAGACCUUCAUGGACUCCUGCUCGACGUCUGAGCAUCGCCUGGGCAAAGACUCUCCGUCAAACAAGCUCCUCUAUGCUAAAGACAUCCCGAACUACAAGAGCUGGGUGGAGAGAUAUUACCGAGACAUCAGCAAGAUGCCAAGUAUCAGCGAUCAAGACAUGGAUGCCUAUCUAGUAGAGCAGUCCCGUCUCCAUGGCAAUGAGUUCAACACACUGAGCGCGCUCAGUGAACUGUACUUCUACAUCAACAAGUACAAGGAAGAGAUUUUGACAGCCCUGGACAGAGACGGUUACUGUCGCAAACACAAGCUACGACACAAACUGGAACAAGCCAUUAACCUGAUGUCUGGCAGCAGCUGAGGGCGGUGACGGAUUGGACGGGACGGGAGGGGAAGCGUUCAGGGGAUUUGGGGGGAGGGUUGAAACUGAAUUGAUGGAGUCCGGCGGACCGACCCGUGUCAGAAUAUCCACGGCUUGUGCUAGCAGAAGGUGAGGCUAAAACACUGGACAAUCAACUCUAAAGGAACCACAGCACAGCAUACGAAGCCCAAUGUUUUUCUGGACCAGAACCUGUACGCCCAAACGCCCGCACUCCCUAAUGCCCAGACCGAACGCCGUUCAUAUCGGCCUGCCUAACAAACUAUUCAACACGGACUACUGUGGAUCAGAUACAUUCCAAUGAGGAAAGGUGCACGUGCUCUUGCCUUGGAAGCCAAAUUGCCAAGAUAGUGCCAUGGAAGAAAAUAUCUGACUUUCUGGGAGAGAAAAGCAGCAACAUGUUUUAGUAAUGCAUUCGGCGGGUAAUCUGAAAACAGUUCUUCAUAUCAACAGUUCUUCAUAGAGACGCCUCAAAAACAAUCACAAUCGUGCGACGAGCUCCAUUAACAGAAAUGAAGAUAUUUAUAUCGGAAUGAAUCAAUAAUGGAGACCAAAUGCAUUAUGGGUAGUGUUGAGGCUGGGCUGAAUGGGAGGAACCUUCUCCUCCUCGUCUCGAAAUUGCCAUAGACCUAUAAAAGCGCCUUUCUCUCGUUUUCGUUCUUUUUUUGUGAUUACGGGGCCAAAUGGACCUCUUCUUGUCAAGAGGUAUGGAUCAGCAUCUUUUGAAGCUUGCCUUUUCGUUGCGUCCGGAUAUGACUCCCCGAACCCUUGCCGAAAUGUACCCCAGGAUGGGCGAUCGUCCCUUGGGGGGGGGGGCAUUUCUGCUCCCUUUGCUUUUUUGUACACCGCUGUGUUACUGUGAGGUUUGGAGUGUUUACUCGGAUUCUGUGGUUCUUCUCCACGACUGCGUUGGCGAGGGCCGAGUUUUGUCCCUUGAUGACAGGCAUCUUUAAUGUAGUAGAUCCAUCUAGAGCAAUAACUCUCAGAUUUACCUGCAAGCCAUGAGUUUAAGUUCCCUGUGUGUUCAGAUUCACCGUCCUGACUCUAAAUUUUCAACGUUAGCAGUUGGCGAGUCGCGCUCUUUUUCAUUUCCCUGUUGUUGUUCCGUCCAAAUGGCAGCCAAAACGUGUUCACAAUGCCAAGCACAACGAAGGGACGACUGUUCAACUCGGAUUGUUUUCUCGCCGUUUCAGCAGGCCAAUGCAAUUUUUGACACGGAAGUCCGCAGCUAGACAAAUCUCGUCCGUUCUUCAGUCGUCCCCCGUACAACCUUGUCAAGGUUCUUGCUUGAUCGAUUAUAACGAUUGUGUCGAUUCUGUCUGUAUACACAAACAACAAGGCCUUAAGUCAUUUUCUCUUCUCUUUAUCGGACUUUUCUCAUCUCCGUGGCGGUGGCGUCGCCCUCUGCUGCCACGGAGGUGAACUGCAAACCGUUAUAUUCCAGGUACUCGAAUUGUGAUACGUCCGUGAAUUUCAAAGUACUCUCAGCUGUUUUCUAUUCCUUGCUAUAUGUGGUUCUGAGUUCUGCUCUGUCUAGUUGCGUAUCGAUUGUGUUUUUGUGUUGCGUAAAAUCACCGAGAAUGUACAGCAUGAAUAACUGAGCAUAUCUUGCAAAAAUCUUUGCCUCAUUAUACAUGUUCCAGUUUUAGACACAAAAUACCUUCAGACGAUCACAGCCAGGACAACAGGGAGAACUAUUUGCUUUCAACAUCGUCUUUAAAAUGUAAAAAACCUACUUCACCAAGGUCAGUUCGAGCAAACAAACACCCAUCGUAAUGUGGGAUCAUUAAAACAGUAGGGAAAUCCAUCGGGGCCUUAUUAAUUGAGUUUGAAUGAAAAUAUUCAAUGACCAUCAAAGUGAAUCACGUACCUUUGAAUACAUCUUACGUCGAUAGAUUUUGCCCUUUCUUACCCUGUGGUAUUGGAUUUGCUAAUAACUACUAAUCGUUAUUGCCUUAAUUUGGCUACAAAAGAACAACUUUUGGUUUAGGAACUCUAGACCUCAUCCCGCAGGGUCAUGGUUUGAAAACUUGUGCAUUUCAACAGCAUAAUGUAUCUGGAUAUUUUAAACUCUCACUGAAUGUAAUUAAACCUGCCUUCAAAUUUGCCGCAUGGAUUUGGAUGGGAUAACAAGAUUCCCCGUUCAUCAUCAAAAGCCAAAUUUUUGUUGUUGGAAUUGUGAAGGCAGGAUGUUUUGAACUAAAUGUGGGGCUCAUUAACAUAUGAAAAAGUUGCAGGAUGAUAAUUAAGCAGAAUCUUUUUGAACAUUGGUUUGUUUUUCUGUUGGGGGAAUGGGGUCAGCUCAUGAAUCUGGAUCCGUUAUGGCAUUUCAACCUCUUGCAACACGAUACAUCAGGAAUUACUGCCUGUUUGCCAAAGCUGCAUCGUCAGCAAUGCAGGUGCGAACCCAAUAUCCGACGUCUGGAACGAACCACUUUGAGAAAUGAAACGCAAUCAUAAAUCUACGUUAAAAAAGCUGAAAACUAAACAUCAGUGGUUGAAAUUUUUUGAUUUAGCACCUCUUGGUUGAAACCACGCCGUCAGGUUUACAUCUGAUUUUCUAUACUGUGAGUAAAGCCAAACGUACUGUGGGGGAAGUGGACUUAGCUUGGUCGCGUACAUACUGCCUGUAAGAUAACUCUGACUAUCGUUAAGUGCAACUGCCCACCGGGGUGUUUUUAGGUAGACUGGUGAAGACAGAGCUAACACUAACGACGCCUCGGCCGAUAGCCAUAUAUCAGAAAUCGCCCGUUUCGUUUCGUACAGCAGAACUCAGAGCCAAAUGAGGCGCUUUGCAGUUUGUUUUCGUCGUGUGGUGAAACGGCAUACUCUUAAAAGCACCUGUAACUUGUGAGGAACGGAGCGGAGUGAGUGGAAAAAUAACUGUGGUGUUUUUUCAGUAGAUACAGUAGAAGAAAAUGUCUGUUUUAGAUCCAUAACUACAUUUCAGUCAAUGUUCUAGUUAUAAAAGAAGAAGAAAAAGAAAAAAACAUUUUGUCUCAGAUGAAUUAAUUCUAAUUUAUUUGUCGGUUUGUCUCUUUAUCCCAAAUGUUUUAAUCAAUUUUAUUGUAACAGACUUGUUUACAGUGUCAGAAAUAUAUGGAGUUUAUUAACGUGUCUGGAGAGCUUUGUGACUGACUGGUUGAUUGGAUGACUGGUUAAUGGGCAACUGCUAUGCCUAGUCCUUAAUUCUAUAUAAAUAUAUAAAUAUAUUUUGUAUAAUUAUUGGACUGAAAUGUUUUUUUGUUUUUGUUUAAAUUAUUGUUUUAAUUCCGUUUUAAUUCGUUAAGUAGUUUGAGGGAGUCGUGAGAAAGAGUCUAAAACUCUGGCUGCAAUGAAGUGUUUUGUAUAUAUUUGCACCUUUUUUUUUUUACUCUGUGCGAGGU